UAAAUACAAAAAAUAACCUGUGCCAACAUUUUUUAAUAUAACGACCCUGGUUGAAAUUGAAAUCAUUCGAAAAAGUGACAUAAACUUUGAGGAUAAAUAUUUUCUGCUCGUCACGUUGGAUAGUGUGAGCAAAUUGGCAGGAAAAACUGUUAGAUGGCUCAGUAGUGUAUAAACAACAUUCGGGUCAAAGUGAUAAAUAUUUGUUAAUGCCAAUAUUAACAGAAAAUCAUUGCGUUAAAUUCAUGAUUAAAAUUUGUGAUGGCAGGAUACCAGUUUCAACGAAGAAGGAGUUCUUCGAUUAAAAAGGAAUUCAGUGAACAUGAAUUGGAAGGUUUGAAGAUAGCUUUUGAGCUGUUGGACAGAAAUCAAGAUGGACAGGUUACACCGGGAGAAUUUAAGAUAAUGCUGAAUAACCUAGGGAUUGAUAUAAAAUAUGAAAAAGCCGAAGAAAUUAUCAGGAUUGCCAGCCAUACAGGCUCCAAUUUAAUUGAUCAAAAUGAUUUUCUAUCUUUCGUUAAACAUAUCCAACAGGCAUGUCCAGGUGACGGGGAUGAAGAUCUAAUCAGUGAUUUGAAAGCAGCUUUUCAAGUUUUUGAUCUAGACGGUGAUGGUUAUAUUACAAAAGAAGAACUGAAAACUGCUAUGGAAAUGAUUGGAGAAGCUAUCACAGAUAACCAGUUAGAUCUAGUAAUUCGAUUGGCAGAUACUGACAAAGAUGGAAGAAUAAAUUAUGAAGAAUUCGUAAAGUUGUUAACAUCGCAAUGAGGAAAAUUAAAAGAUUAAAAUGGUUCUUAUACUCUUUUGUAAAUAUUUAAUAAGAAAACGAAAAGCCUGGCUGUGAUCUCCAUUGUCAAAGAAUAUCAGUAAGCUAACGUUUGACUGGAUUGAAAUCGACACAAAUCGUAUUUUAUUUUUUAUGUACAUUUAGCUGUAAAUAAAAAUGAUAAAGAUUAUAUUGAAAUAUAUUUUUACUACGCAU